AUGGAGGGACUCCAGUACCUGUUGGUGGAACCAGCUUGCGAGGUGAACGAAAAGGGCACCAGAGAGAAAAAUGAUGGCAACGAGGACUUGAGUUUGGAUGAUAAUGAAAAGAUAGAAGCGGACUCAGAGGCGGAAUCCUUUGUGGAAGAAGACUGGAACGAUCCGGAACAGGACGAGGUGCCAAAAUGGACGGAACCAGAGUUGCCGAUAUCAGCAGGAACCAGGAGUGGUAACCGUAAACGGACAGGCAUGAGGAAGAAGAAAGUGGAAUUUAAGGAGGAGGCUGAACGCCUUGGACUAGAGCAAGAGUCCGGGGAGUGGCCCACAGUGGAAGAAGAUGCUGAAGAAGAAAAAUUGUCCGGGGAGUGCGAAGAGUGGGAUGAAGGUUCGCAGAAGAGCAGCGAUGACCCAGACAGUCUAUGCAUGAUACUGGCGGAAGAGAAGAUGAGACACCGCGACAGAGAGCUACAGACGGAUCCUUCCUCAGGAACGUACAACUUGGAUCAGCAGGAAGUGCGAGGAGGUGAAGAACUUGAGAAAAUUGCAGUGUCGAGGAAACCGUUUAGGGAGCUAUCGUGCAACUCAAAUGUCAGAACAAAUCUGGUGCCAGAAGAUGACAUGAAGGUCAUAAGGAGGAUAGUAUGCGUAAAGCUGAAGGAUGACAUCCACAACCCUGGAGAAAUGAAUGGUCAGAUAAUAGCACUGAAAGAGCACGUCAAGGCAAGAUAUAGGCUGUCGGAUCUAAUACGGGUCCAAAAGAUUGACAAGAUGACAAGUAACCUCUCAACAUGGAUCCGGACAGGGUCCAAAGAGAAGGGGACCUAG